GCGCAUGCGUACCGUUUGUUAUGAUUUUGUUUGGGCCAGUUUUUUUUGUCUGUCGCAGUUAGGUGAAGAAAGACAUCGUGGCUUUUUAACCAUUUUUUACAUUGCGAAUUUGGUUCUAAAUAUUAUAAUAGUGUCUCUCGCUAUAAUUAAAUAAAAUUAUUUGGCGUAUUAUGCGAAAUUUUUAACAAUUUUAAGUCAAUAAUACCGCUAGAAAAUUCAAAAUGUUUGCUGUAAUGGUCACAGGACGAUUGGCUCAAACGCAGUGCGAGCAGAUCACUGAAACGCAAUCAGUCUUCACAAUUGCGGACGCGGACAAUAUCAACCACAUUGUUGUGUUUAUGACUGGAACGACCCCAUUUCCCGAGGGCUACGGAGCGCAGGUUUACUUCAGCUGGCCCGAACCAAAUGCUCCGCCAACCUGGCUGCUACUCGGCCACCUGGCCAACGACAAACCCUCGGCCAUUUUCAAAGUGUCCGGUCUGAAGCAUGCCCCAAACACAGUUGUCGAUCCUACGCAGUUCGGACAGCAGCAGUUCUCGCACUUGGCGCAGAUCGGGCUGUCCAUCGAGCCACUUUUCACCAUCCAGCAGUCAACACCAGCCAUCACCACAGAGCCCUUCAAGGGGUCUAAGUUUGCCGAGUUCACGCAGAAGAUGCUAGACAACUUUGUCAAUUACAUGACCAGCUUCGGGAUCACGCAAUCUGAAAUGACGCCCAACCCUAAUGAGACCUUCCUGCCUAUGUCCAAAAUGCAGACCUGGUAUGCCAACUUCCAACGACGGCUCGCACAGAAUCCCGAUUUCAUCUUUUACUGACAAACAACUGAACUCUCUCCCAAAACUUUUGCUCCGGGCAGCAGACUGAUGAGACUUUUUGAGUUGCCCUUGCAAACGACUGACGGGAUUAUUUUUUUCUAUUUGGAAAAAUGUAAUAUUAAAAAAAGAGGUGAAUGUGUAUUACAGGUGAAAAUCUCUCCAACCAAUUAAAAGUGUAUUGUGUCUGUCAUUGUUGCUGGCUUUUUCAAAGCAGCCAAUAAAUUAGUUUGAAGUAG